ACCCAAACAAAACCCUUUCUGCACCUUCUUCUUCACCUUCAAAUCCCCAAAUUCAGAAAAACCAUUUCAAAUUCAACCCUAAUUUUUAUUAGAAUUGCAAUGAGUAUAAUAGCAGGCUCGUACGAGAAAUUCAUUUGGGGUUUCAAGCUUAAACCCGUAAACCGAAACCCCCAAUCCCAAACCCUAACUCUCCUCCCACUCUUCUCCUACCCCUCCCACCUCUCCUCAAUCACCGCCGCCGCCGCCUCAGGUCCCGUCGCCGCCUCCGGAUCAACCGACGACACAAUCCACCUCUACGACAUCUCAACCGCCUCCUCACUCGGCUCCCUCCAUGACCACACCGCCUCAAUCACCGCCCUCUCAUUCUACACACCGCCGUCGCUCUCCUUCCCCCGCAACCUAAUCUCCUCCUCUGCCGACGGGUCCGUUUGCUUGUUCGACGCGGACCCUUUCGUGCACUUGAAAACAGUUUCGGCUCACAAGAAAGGCGUGAAUGACUUGUCGGUUCAUCCGUCGGGGAAGGUGGCGCUGAGCGUUGGGAGAGAUGAGUGUUUGGGGAUGUUGAAUUUGGUUAGAGGGAAGCGGAGCUUUUAUUGUCGGUUAGGGAAGGAAGCUAGCUUGGUGAAGUUUGAUUUAGAUGGGGAGAGGUUUUUUAUGGUUAGUGAGGCGAAAAUCGGUGUUCAUCAAUCUGAAGAUGCUAAGUUGAUUAGUGAAGUUGAGUGUUCGAAACGGGUUCUUUGCGCUGCUCCUGGAGAGAAUGGACUUCUGUUCACUGGCGGUGAGGACCGAAAUAUUACUGCAUGGGACACAAACAGUGGCAAAGCUGCAUACUGCAUUGAUGAUGCACAUUCCGCCCGUGUAAAAGGCAUUGUUGUGCUUACUAGGAAGGACGGUGCUGUCGAAGACCCUUAUCUAUUGGCAUCCGCAUCAUCUGAUGGAGUUAUACGUGUUUGGGAUGUCCGCAUGGCGUUGAAGGAAAAGCCAAACCCAUUGGCUGAGACUAACACAAAAUCCAGGCUGACUUGUCUUGCUGGAUCAUCUCUCAAAUCGAUUAAACGACCGGAGAUGGGAAAGAAUAUUCCCAAAGAAAAUCAUGAUACAGCAAUGGAAGAAUCACAAGAUUAAUGUUCCUGUCUCCAUUUUAAAAAAGGGUUCAAUUGAUUCACCACCACCAAUUUUGACAAUGGGAGAGCUUAUUCAUUUCAUAGCUUGUAUUUUUAGGUACUAUAAGGGUGAUUUGUCAGAUGGAUAGGCAAAAUUAUAUGUAUGAUGGCUUUUAUUUUUAUUUAUAUAUAUUUAAGAAAAAAAACUCUGAAGAAAAUUUCAAAUUAUCUUCCAUUAA